AAACAACCACAGCCCAGAUCCAAUACACAAGACACUGAGCAACAGGACUGGUUUAAACAGACACAGAAAAGACACAAACAAAUAUAACCAUUGAAAAGCAUAUGUGAUGAUUCAAAGUUGAUGCUUUGAGAGAAUAUGACUUCUGCAUAUUGUAGAGCCAACACAAGAGCAAAAGUGUUUUUGUUGGCAUUGAGGAAGGGUGAAGGGGAUGAGAUGUGAAAAUUGUGCCUCAACCACUGGAACAUUCCCAGCAACAUACCACUCACGCCUACAUUUCCACCCUCCCUUCAAGCUUAAGUUUACUUGCUUUACUAUAAAAAUCAGACGUCUAAUCAACAUGGUGUUCGUCUCUGAUGCAGUAUUUGUCUGUAGCUCCAUUUUCACAGGAAGACUAAGAAUUCUUCUGAGUCUUUUACCCACUGUCAUCAUUGGCCUAGGGGCCAGACACAUUCAUGAUUGUCCAAAGCAGCCCAUGGUUCCUGUCUACCUGCUAGUAGGAGGAACUGUCUGUCUGAUUAUCCAGAUCCUCCCCUAUCUUUGUUGCUGCCAGUCAAAUGGCCAGCCUGGUCUGCUGUGCAGGAUUCUUGAAAAGCUGCUCCAGUUUUUUUGUCUGAUCUGGCUUGUGAUAGGUUCUGUUUUUGUAUACAUGGCAUAUGAACCAAAAUAUGAAUUUCGCCUGUCUGCAGACUACUGUGAGAAGACUGUCUACAAGAUUGCUUUCUGGAUUACGAAUGCUAUAUACGUUUUCAUUUUACUAGUACUGCUCGGACACUGCUGCAGCUGGCUCCAUAAAUUAUAUAAGAGAAGAAAAACGCAGUGUCACAUAAAGACAAUAUCCUGAACAUCUCCUGAAUGAAGUGAAAAUCAUCCGAAUAAUGAAGAUUUUUUACUUUUGUGUUCACAAUCCAUGUAAAUGUUUAAAUGGCCAUAUGGAUGUAUUUUAAAAAACAAAAACAAAAAAACAUUACAGACUAUAGUACUACAGUACAUAAAACUGUUGUACUUCAUGUAAUUAAACAAAGAGACUGUUAGGUCUAUGGUGUGACUCCUG